UGAAGAAAUGUGUGAGUCUCUGUCCUUCUGGACCAAAUGUUCUACUGCUGUUGGUGAAACCUUCAGAAUUUGCUGAAAAGGAAAGAGAAACACUGAUGUCCAUCCUGAGUCUGUUUGGUCAAGAAGCCUUCAGACAUUCAAUAGUCAUUUUAACACAUGACACUGAAAUAAGUUCUUCUGUCAAUGAGCUCCUCAGGCUGGUUCAAGUAAGAUGCUACAACAUGAAUGACGAAGACCACAGUCUGUUGAUGAAGGAGAUUGAGAAUAUUGUUCAUGUAAACAAAGGGACAUGUCUGACCUACACAGAAGACACCAUCAGAUUCAAACAUGGACUUACUGAAACCUCAAUAAACCUGGUUCUGUUUGGGAGGAGAGGAUCAGGAAAGACCUCAGCAGCCAAGGCCAUUCUAGGUCAGAUAGAUCUUCAUUCAGCCUCCAGCUCAUCAGAGUGUGUUAGAAACCAGGGAGAGGUUAGUGGACGUUGGGUUUCUCUGGUGGAGCUGCCUGCCUUGUAUGGAAAAGCUCAGCAGAAAGUGAUGGAGGAAUCAUUCAGGUGUAUCUCCCUCUGUGAUCCUGAGGGUGUCCACGCCUUCAUCCUGGUCCUACCUGUGGGUCCCCUCACUGAUGAAGACAAGGGAGAGUUAAAGACCAUCCAGGAGACAUUCAGCUCUAGAGUCAAUGACUUCACCAUGAUCCUGUUCACCGUGGACUCAGAUCCUACAGCUGGAGAUGUUAAGUUCAUUGAGACUGAUAGAAACAUCCAGGAGCUCCUUCAGAGCUGUGAACAUAGAUAUGUUGUUCUCAACAUCAAGGACAAGAAGGAGAUAUCAGAACUGAUGGAGAUGGUGGAAACAAUAAGUGAUAAGGGGUCCAGCUCCUUCUCAACAAACAUGUUCACCAGGGCUUUGAUGGACAGAACUUUAAUACCGAAACUGGAGAAUCUAAAACAGAAAAGUGGGAUGAAGGUUAAAUAUGAUUUAGAGUCAAGAGAAAAACUCGGGAAAGAGACAGAAGAACUGGAGAAAAGGGAAGAAAAGCAGAAUAAAAAAUAUAGUGAAGAAAUUAAAGCCCUUCAAUCUAAAUUUGAACAGGAAUUGAAGGAGAAAGCUCAACUGCUCAAGGAGAAAGACAAAUUGAAGAAGGAGUUUGAAAAGAUUAAGAAAGAACUGGAUGAAGAGGAAAAGAAAUGGAAAAGAAAGGAAGAAUCACAGCAGAAAGAUUGGCGGCAAAAAGUUGAUGAUUUGCAGAAACAAGUUAGUUUUGAACAAGAACAAAAAGAGGCGGCUGAGAAGAAGCUGGAGCAGUGCAGACGAGAGAGGGUCAGGGAGAGGGAAGCUUUGGAGAAAGAAAAGGACAAAAUCUGGGAGCGAAUGCAUGAAGAGCUGAAAGAGAACCUGCAGGAGAUGAAAAUGAACCCAGAAGAUGAACCAAUCAAAGCACUGAUGGAAAAAUAUACAGCUAAAGCUUUAGCAUUUGGCCAAACAGCAAACCUUUCACAGCUACAGGCUGAAGGGAAACAGCUGGAAAUGAAGACCACUGACACAGGUCCUAUGGAAUCCUGCAGCCCUGAUUGUCUUCGGAUUGUUCUGAUUGGGAAGACUGGCAGUGGUAAGAGCUCAUCAGGAAACACCAUCCUGGGAAGAAGAGAGUUUAAAACUGAAGUAUCUCCACAGUCAGUUACUAUGAAGUGUCAAAAAGCUGAAACUGAAGUAGACGGUCGUCGUCUUGCUGUUGUCGACACUCCUGGUCUGUUUGACAACAAUUUGUCACCUGAGCAGGUCAAUGAGGAGCUGAUGAAAUGCAUUGAUCUUCUGGAUCCAGGUCCACAUGUCUUCCUGCUGGUGAUACCGAUCGGCAGAUUAUCACCAGAGGACAGAGAGACAUUCACACUUAUUGAGAGAGUUUUGGGAGAAAAUUAUAAAAAGUUUACAAUCAUCCUGUUCACCCAAGGAGACAAACUAAAACAAGAUGACAUGUCCAUUGAAGAUUAUAUUAAAGAUGCAUGUGAUGAUUCCUGUAAGAAGCUGAUCUCUGACUGUGUAGGAAGAUACCAUGUGUUUGAAAACUAUGAUAAAAAGAACCGCUCACAAGUUACUGAGCUGAUCCAAAAGAUUGAUGACUUGAUAAAGGUCAAUCGAGACAACUGCUACACUAGAGACCUGCUGAACGAUAAAUGAAUCUGCUACAACUGUGGCCUGCUUAAAGGGUAACUGGUUAAUAGUAAAGAUAGCAUAGACAUUUCUGAAAUCUUUGAUUACAGAAAAAUUUUAUAUAUCUUUUUUUUGUUGUUUGUUUGUUUGAACUAACAAUAGGUGUUCUCAAUCAGUUUUCCUUAUUUUUAUUUAGUUCAGAAAGUCUCAUCUUUUGUAGGGAACUUGUUUAUUG